AUGGAGUCAGCAAGCACCUCCUUUGAGAGGAACGUACCGCCGGAUAAUCCACCCGGAAACAGCCAAACAAACGCAAACGAAAGAACGAUCCCCGAAUGGAUGGAUCGUUCGGGGAUGCAUGGUCAGCGAAUCAUAUUACAGUUACGUGCUGCUGGGGAGAAACCUCUCCCGAAGAACCCAUUCACUAUCGGUAAAUCCAUAGAAACAAUCUGCGGAGGAAACAUCGAAUCAGCUCAUACCGAAGAGCGAGGAACUAAAUACGUUUUGAAAACAAGAAGUGCCGAGCAAGCUAAAAAACUGAUCCGCAUGAACAAACUGAUUGACGGAACCGACGUAAUAGUUGAAUCUCAUCCAACUCUAAACAAAACCCGCUGCGUGCUGAGCUGCCGGGAGGCUAUGGACUUACCCACCGAAGAAAUCAAGCAAGAACUGGAGCAUCUUGGAGUUUUGGAAGUUCGAAGAAUCACAAGAAGAAAGGAAAACGACCGCGUAAACACACCAACGCUGGUCCUUACGUUUCAGGGAACCACAUUCCCCAAAUAUAUAAAGAUUGGCCCACUCCGAGUAGAAACACGAGAAUUCAUACCGAACCCAAUGCUCUGCUUUAACUGUUGCAGCUACGGUCAUACGAAAGUCAAAUGUCCCAACAAUGCAGUUUGCCAAAACUGCUCAGGAGAUCACAAACUGGAAAAGGAUGCCUGCAAAGAAGCCCCAUACUGUAAAAACUGUAAAGGUGGCCACUCUCCAACUAGCAGAAAGUGCCCACAAUACGUAAAGGAGGAAAAAGUAAUAAAAAUCAAAACUGAGAAGGGAAUAUCAUUCAGUGAAGCUAGGAAAGAGUACUCCAAGCAGCAUGGAGAACACUCGUAUGCAGCAAUUUGCGGUGCUCAGAACAGAUUAGAAAACAUGAGGAAGGAUGACGAGAUCAAGCUUCUGAAAGAAGAAAUCCAAAAACUGAAGAAUGCAGAAAGAGACAUCGAAAAGGACAUCGUGAUAAAAAACCUUCGGGAAGAAAUCGAACAGAUGCGAACCAUCUUGGCUGACUUCAACAUGAUGAAGGUUGAAUUGGAAAAGCUGAAGAAAAGCAAAAACAUCGAGUAUCCUGAACUUUCUGAAGAUGAGCAUGAUCAGGCGAUGUCCGAAGGAAGCGACUACACGGAAGAAAACGAAAAAGAAAGAUCUAGUGCGACAACGAAACGAAAAAUAGAUGCAACCGACAGCGAAACUGACCCACGAGGUAGUGCCGACGAGAAAUCUGCCGAAAUAAACUCCAAAACUGCAAAGGACCGCCCUCCUACUAGGAAGGGAAGAGGUCGACCACGAAAACACUAA